AUGACGACGGAGACACCCACGAUCAAAAGUCUGGCGGCCGUGCGCGUGCUUUCGCUGCGGUCUGUUCUCCCGAACUAUCGCGCGCAAGGAGAUCUCUGGGCGAAGAUCUUCGCGUUUGCCAAGACCCACAACGUCGUUGUAGCAGGGCCAACUUUUGCCAUCAACUACACCGAAGACGGCCGACAAACUGACGUGGAGGUGGAGGUUUGUCUCCCCACAGCGAAAGACGCCUACGUCCCGGAAGAAGCGCCUUUCAGCGUUCACGAGGUGUCGGCAGUGGAUCGAGGUGCCGUCAUGGUGUACGUCGGUCCGUGCGAGGGAUAUGUGUCUGCGUACGUGACGUUUUUCGGCUGGAUCCGCUCUGAGAAGCUCACGCCUGCUGGACCUUCACGAGAGGUCUAUGUGAAGAGACCGACUGGCAACGAAGAGGACGACCAGGGCAGCGUGACGGAAAUCCAACUACCUGUUGCCUGA